AUGCAGCUGGGCCUGACAGACAGCCUCCCAGCUUUAGUGGCUAAGCGCUUCACAGCUGCUAAGGAAGGCAGCCAUCUCAUAUUCUCCCAUACUCACCUCGCAAUAGUCCGCGCUGGAGGGAUAUCGUAUCAACUUCGCUACUGCCCCGCCCUCGCAAAGAAACCUUCCAGCAGCCCCAAAACCGACCAAGACCGAUCAGGUCCCAGAUUCGACCCUUUCGAGAACCCUUCGCAGGAGCUCCUCAUCACACAAAUACCCCGGGAGGACCCAACGCACAUGCUCGUUCUGAACAAGUACCCCGUGAUCCCCAACCACUUCAUCCUCGCGACCAAGGCGUGGAAGCUGCAGACAGAUAUUCUUGAGAAGGAAGACCUGGACGCUGCCUAUGCCUGCGUGAAAGCUUGGCGGGAUAGAGAAGCAGACAAGGAAGAUGGGCCUUCAAAGCCAAAACGGCGGCUAUUCGCCUUCUUCAACUCCGGCGACGAGAGCGGCGCCAGCCAGCCGCAUCGACACUUGCAGUUCCUGCCGGUGGAGGCCAUGGCCGAGAGCCAGGGCGACUCGGAACUCUGGCAGCCAUUGAUCGACUCCCUGCCAUCGCAACCUGUGGGCCCGGACUCGGAGCUUAGACGGUUAACCCAGUUGCCGUUCGCGCAUUUUGCGCUGCCGCUGCCGCAGAACCCGUCCGCGGAUGCUCUGCAUGCCAUCUACCUCUCGCUGUACAGGGCCGCGGUGUCGACUGUGAAAGGGUCGCUGGGGGAUCAUGCGCAUGUGACUGACGGCCCCGCUGCCGUGAGCUAUAACUUGGCCAUGACCGAGUCGAUGAUGGUGAUCUGUCCGAGGAAAAGCGAAUGUGCUCGGGUGCCCGUCGAUCCGGCCGUCUCUCAGGAUGUCGAGGAGGCUGGGAUGAUUGCUCUGAACGGCACUAUUCUUGCCGGAACGCUUAUGGUCAAGGCAGAGGCCGAGUGGAAUGAGAUUCGCCGGAACCCGGAGAUUCUGACGAAUAUCCUGGGAACCGUUGGGUACGCGCAACCGGACUUCCGAGGGCUUGCUCUGUUAUGA